CGAACUACAGCAGACAGAUGUGUGUUGUACAUCCAUAAGAAAAACUUACAAACACACAAUACAAUAAAUAACAAACAUUUUUGCUUUUAAAAAAUAUAAUCAUAAUAUAUAGACAUAAUCAUUAUCAGCUAAAUGUCAUUAAAUUAUAGAUAAAAGUAGCCAUUACACAGCAUCAGUGAGUUUUACUGUCACAUAACAUUUAAGUAUUAUUACAGGUUCAUUAACAUGUAAGCACUGGUAGAAAGUAACUACCUACAUUUACUCGAGUACUGUACUAGAAGUACAGUAUGUUUUAUUAUAUAUGAGUAUUUCCAUUUUCUGCAACUAUAUUUCUACUUUACUACAGUUCAAAGUACAUUGUGAUGCUAAUACUUGUGUACUUUUAUUUAAAGUAACAUUUAAAAUGCAGGACUAAGCUGUGGUAUUGUUACUUUUGGGUAAGUAAAAUAUCUGUGUACCUCUUCUACCACUGCGCAGGUAUUUUAUGAUGUGCUUAUAAGCUACUUGUUGUUAUUUUUAGUGUAAUCUAGAACAACACGUUAUAUUUUAUAAACCUAGAGUAAAGAAAAGUACAGUAUUUUGCCUCUGAAAUGUAACUCAAAGCUUUAAAUGCAGCCUAGUGACUUUCCCACAUCUUAUAUAUAAGUUGUUUACAUUUUUUUAUUUGUUUAUAAGCACUUUAAUUUGACCAUCUGCCCACUUCCCAACGCAGUGCUGAUAUAUAUAAGUUAUAUAUUGAGUUUUCAGGGAGGAGGAGGGUCUGUGUGUGUGUGUGUGUGUGUGUGUGUGUGUGUGUGUGUGUGUGUGUGUGUGUGUGUGUGUGUGUGUGUGUGUGUGUGUGUGUGUGUGUGUGUGUGUGUGUGUCAGGAGUGUGACUGGGCGUGAGUGUCACAUGUCAGCCGUUUGACACCUCCGCUUCCCUCAGAGAGACUCAGACAGAUCCGCAACUCAACAUCUCUGGAGCUGCAGGAGACGGACGACAAUGGCGACCGGUGACAGCCAGGCAACUUUAGAGUCCUUGUUCAGCCAGGCCACAGACCCAAACAAUCAGGAGGACAGAUGGGACUGCAUCCAGGGCUUCUACCAGCUCGUCAACCAAGAGACUGAUGGUCCGCAGGUAGCCAUUCGUCUUCUUUCCCAUAAAAUCCAGUCGCCGCAGGAGAGAGAGGCUCUGCAGGCUCUCACUGUUCUUGAGGCAUGUAUGAACAACUGUGGCAAAAGGUUCCACAAAGAGGCUGCCAAGUUUCGCUUUCUCAACGAGCUCAUCAAAGUUUUAACACCAAAGUACUUUGGCGCGUGGACUCCACAGAAAGUUAAAGACAGAGUGACGGAGGUCCUGUACGGCUGGACUCUUUGGCUUAAAGAAGAACCCAAGAUUCAGGAAGCCUACUGCAUGCUCAAGAAACAAGGUAUUGUAAAGAAUGAUCCCAAACUUUCAGACACAUUAAUAAUGGCGCCGCCACCACAAAGAACCACAGAAUCUGUUUUUGACCAAGAGGACAAGGCCCAGCUAUUAGCCAGAUUAUUGAAAAGUGGCCGUCCUGAAGACCUGGAAACUGCCAACAGACUCAUUAAAAGCACCAUGAAAGAGGAGCAGGAGAAAGCAGAGAAAGCAUCAAAGCGGGAAUCUACUCUGAAGGAGGUGGAGAGCUGCACCAAACAGCUCAGAGAGCUACUGGACGAGCACACGAUCACCGGAACCUCGUUACAGCCGAGUGAUGACGUGAAGACCCUGUACGAGCGCUGCGAUCGGUUGAGGCCCAGCCUGUUCCGCCUGGCCAGCGACACGAUGGACGACGACGCAGCUCUGGCUCAGGUCCUGGCGGCUAACGACGAGCUAACGCUUGUAGUUAGUGCCUACAAAGACCGAGUGGGGAAGAGGGAGUGUAACGGUGGAAGAGAGAGAAGUAAAAGUGAGGAAGAAAUGGAGGGUAAAAAUAAAGCUCCAACGAGUCCCAGAGAGAUUAAAAGCUACCACCUAAUCGACCUGUCAGCACUGGACUCUCCACAGACACACAGAAAGGCUGACUCACCACCAUCAUUCGAAUCCUCUUCGCCCAUGUUUUCCUCUCUUCUGGAGAGUAGCUUCCACUCAGUGGCUGACCAGGACCUCAACGAAUUAGACUUCGAUAAUCUGGUCUCAAAGAAGACUCAAGAGACUUCAAGGUCGUAUUAUGAAGAUCUCCUACAGCUUAAUGGAGAGGUUCAGAUGAAGAACGCUGAGCAGAAUGGAGGCAGGGGGCUUCUGUUGACAGCCCGUGGAUGUGGAGGCAGCAGUACGACACCGAAUGGGACUAACAUUUGGUCACUCCCUCACAGUGAACAGUUUACAGAAUCACCAUCCAAGACACAGAAACAAUUCAACAAAGUAUCGGGAUCUCCAGUGAAAUUGGAGGAGAGCUCGUGUCCCUCGACAGUCCUGAAAAACGUCUUUGUUCCAAUGGAGACCAUCAAGCCCAGUCACUUUGAGCCGAUCACGCUGUACGAUCAGGGAGGGAUCCAUGUCUCUCUACAUUUUGCCAAAGACUCUCCGCCGGGUCAUCCAGAUGUGGCUGUGGUCGUCAUCUCCACAGUGAACACAUCUGCCCUCGAAGUAAAAGACUUAGUGUUUCAAGCCGCCGUUCCAAAGACCAUGUUAGUGAAACUUCAGCCUGCCUCAGGGACACACCUACCUCCUUACAACCCUCUUCUGCCUCCGCCCGCCAUCUCCCAAGUCCUCCUAUUGGCUAAUCCUCAGAAGAGAAAGGUGCGUCUACGCUACAAGUUGACUCUGACACACGGAGACCAACAGCCGAAAGAGACCGGAGAGAUCGACAACUUUCCUGAUUGGACCGCUUUGAUUGGCCACUAAGAACUUCAGAGAGUUGGAUUUAACAAAAAAAAAAAGAAAAACCCUCUGGAAAUGAAAUCUAGAUUUUGAAGUGAACCCAGCGAGAAAGCAAAACUAAAAACCAAAAGGUGGGAAACUUGUGACCAUGCCUGCAGUCGACCCUCAUGAGGUAAACAAACACCACAACAAACAAAUAUCAAGACUGAUGCAGACGUUUGUCCACUUUAUAAUGUAGCGAGCACGAUGCAAACCAAGAAAUAAUCUCAGAUUUAUUCUGUAUUACUCUAAAAAGGUGGGUAAACUCUAUUCCACACAUAGAAAUGUUAACAGUUGCGUUGGGUUCGGUACAUUCCCGAUCUACCUGAUUCAGGUAUUCAGUAUUCUGUUGUCUUAGUGUGUUGUUUUUGUUCUUGCUGCCUGUUGUUAACCCGCAGUUGGAUUAUACUGUAUGUUCACUGUUAUCCAUAUGUGCCAUACGAUGGAAGAUGUUGUGUUUUUAAUAUCUAUUUAUUUUAAGAAUAAGGCACUGACUCUCAAACUAUGGUGUGUGUACCACUGGAGGUACGCAAGCUGCAUCUAGAGGUAUACAGAGGAAUUUUAUUUUCAAAUUAUUUAAUCUGAAAACCCAGGAUACUAUCAAAAUGCUACAAAAGUUUGAUUGAAAAUACUCAAAAUAUGAGGAAAAUAUGUAAUUUAAAGUUAGUAAUAUUUAGUGUUUGAGAAACACUGGCAUAAGGAAUGUGGGAGAAACCUUCAGAGAUUGGUAUUUGUGUGUAUUUCGCCGUCUUUGACUGCAACUUAAAACACAAGCAAAUGAAGGAAAUUUCUUCACCACUGUGACAAAACAGGCAACAUUUUGUUUGAAAAAUCAAGCAAAUCAAGAAACACUUUUUCUACCUUGACAACACGUGGCAUAAAAGGAAUGUGCUGCAAAUAUAGAAAUGCUACUUCAGCACAACAGAAAGUUACAUUGGCAGCUCAAAUCAGACUGGUUGCAUUAUAGUCAGUGGUGGAGGGGGGGGGCUCUUAUUGUGAAAAACCAGGAUGUGUUAUUGUUGUGCACGAGGCCUGUUGUGAACAUUGCUGCAGCUAAUAGUAGUCUUCUUGUUGUAUGUCAUGGGUUUUUCACAAUAAAAGCCACUUCCUCCCAAUACGUGAUGUAAACUCUCAUACAGGAAGCUAUUUGGCAAACUGAAUCUAAUGCAACUAGCAUGAAAAUAUAACUAUUAUAUUUUAUAAUAUUAUAUAAUUAACUUACAGGAUCUCCUGUUGUGUUGUAACUUUGUGUUUGUGUGUUUUCUAAAGCUGCAGCAUAUUUAUGUCAUAUUAUGUUUUUCUUCAUUUGCUUGAGUUUUAUUUAUUUGUAUUGUGCCGAUUCUUUUCUUAAUGUGAUGUUUGAAGAUCAUGUCUUAAUUUUCUUGUGUUUUCAGUAUGUUGAGCUCUUUCAGCCACCGUAGAUUUGGGUCUGUUGUUAACUGUAAAGUCACUGUUAAUUUCAUAUGAGUCAGUGUUUCCUGAUGAGUUGUGUUUUAUACUGUGAAGUUUUAUAAUUUGAGCCCAGAGCAACAAAUCCAGUGCUUCUUCUAUUGCUGUCGGAUUUAGUUCAAAACAGGCUUUGCGAGAUUUUUGAUGACUUGAAGCCAAUUUGAAUGUUUUCUUUGAAUGCUUGUCUGCCUAUUGUCUGUCAGUCCGGCAGUGUGUCGCUCGGCCAUAUGUCAUCAAUAAACACAAAUGCAAUAUCUUACACAACAAA